CCCGCGGGGAUGGGGCGGAGCCGGGCGGGGCCGUGCCGGGAAGCGGGCGAGCAGCGCGGAGCCGCCGGUACGGGGUGGCAGGAGGGGUCCGGUCAUGGAUGCCAGUGCGUUGGAGUUGGAUGCGGUGAAGUUCGCGCAGUUGGCGGUGCAGCGGGACCAGAGCGGGCGGUACCAGGAGGCCGUCUUCUACUACAAGGAAGCUGCGCAAGCGUUGAUUUAUGCUGGCAUGGCAGGGUCAAGUUUAGAAAAUAUUCAAGAAAAAAUAAAUGAGUAUUUGGAAAGAGUUCAGGCUCUCCAUUCAGCAGUUCAGUCUCAGAACACAGACCCUCUGAAGUCAAAACAACAGUUGGACUUGGAGCGUGCUCACUUCCUAGUUACGCAGGCCUUUGAUGAAGAUGAUAAGGGCAAUGCGGAAGAAGCUAUAGAGUUGUACACGGAAGCGGUGGAGCUCUGUUUGAAAACAGCUACAGAAACUUCAGAAGCAGUCCUGCAGUCAAAACUGAAACAACUGGCUCGGCAAGCAUUAGAUAGAGCAGAAGCACUGAAAGUAUCGAUGUCAAAGUCAUCUCAGAAGGAGAAGUCAACUGCAGCUAAACCAAAUCAGCCAGUCAGAACAUUCUUUCCAUUGGGACCUGAUUUUUCUUUAAAUGAUAAACCCCAGAUGAUCAGAGCAGUACAAGCUAGUGAAUCUCAAGGUCAGAGGUACACUGCAGAGGAGAUUGAAGUACUCAGAAAGACUUCAAAAAUUAAUGGCAUUGAAUAUGUCCCUUUCAUGAGUGUUGAUUUGAGGGAACGUUUUGCCUUCCCUAUGCCGUUUUCCGAUAAAUGUGGGAAGUUGCCAUUAUCCCCCAAACAGAAAGCAAUGUUUGCCAAGUGGGUACGGCCAGAUGACAUAACAAAUAACCCUACGAUGAUUUAUACUGUAUCAAGUUUCAGCAUAAAGCAGACAAUAGUGUCAGAUUGUUCCUUUGUGGCAUCGCUAGCUAUCAGCGCUGCAUAUGAAAGAAGAUACAACAAAAAGUUGAUUACAAGUAUUAUUUACCCUCAGAAUAAGAAAGGAGAACCUGAGUAUAAUCCAUGUGGCAAAUACAUGGUGAAACUUCAUAUCAAUGGUGUACCUAGAAAGGUGAUCAUAGAUGACCAGUUACCAGUUGAUCAUAGCGGGGAACUUCUCUGCUCUUAUUCUAACAAUAAGAAUGAACUGUGGGUAUCACUAAUAGAAAAGGCUUACAUGAAGGUCAUGGGAGGAUAUGAUUUUCCUGGAUCAAAUUCUAACAUCGAUCUCCAUGCUCUGACUGGUUGGAUACCUGAAAGAAUUGCUAUGCACUCUGACAAUCAAGCUUUUGAUAGAGAUAGCACUUUCAGAAUGCUCUAUCAGAGAUUUCACAAGGGAGAUGUCCUUAUCACAACAGCAACAGGUGUGAUGUCUGAAGAGGAAGGAGAAAAAUGGGGUUUAGUUCCAACCCAUGCCUAUGCAGUCCUGGAUAUAAGAGAACAUAAGGGGCUUAGAUUCCUCCAGUUGAAAAAUCCAUGGAGCCACUUACGUUGGAAGGGACGAUACAGUGAAAACGACACAAGAAGUUGGACCCCAGAUCUACAAAAAUACUUGAACUUUGAUCCAAGAACAGCUCAGAAAAUAGACAAUGGGAUUUUCUGGAUUGCCUGGGAGGACUUGUGCCAGUACUAUGAUGUAAUUUAUUUGAGUUGGAACCCAGGUCUUUUUAAAGAAUCUACAUGUAUUCACAGUACUUGGGAUGCCAAGCAAGGCCCGGUGAAGGAUGCCUACAGCCUGGCCAACAACCCGCAGUACAAGCUGGAGGUGCAGUGCCCACAGGGUGGAGCUGUGGUCUGGGUGCUGCUGAGUAGACACAUCACAGAUAAGGAUGACUUUGCACACAAUCGGGAAUUCAUUACGAUGGUUGUAUACAAGACAGAUGGCAAAAAAGUUUACUAUCCAGCUGAUCCUCCUCCAUAUAUCGAUGGCAUUCGGAUCAACAGUCCUCAUUAUCUGACCAAGAUAAAGCUGACUUCUCCUGGAACCCAUACAUUUACAUUAGUGGUGUCUCAGUAUGAGAAACAAAACACUAUCCAUUACACCAUCAGGGUGUAUUCCUUGUGCAAGUUUACCUUUUCCAAGAUUCCUACACCUUACACCAUUUCCAAACGGGUUAACGGACAAUGGAAAGGUCACAGUGCUGGAGGAUGUGGAAACUUCAGAGACAGCUACAAAAAUAACCCCAUCUAUCAGUUCCAGCUGGACAAGAGUGGGCCAUUACUAAUCGAGCUGCGUGGACCAAGGCAGUACAGCGUUGGGUUUGAAAUUGUCACCGUCUCAACAGUAGGAGAUCCUGGUUCCUAUGGCUUUCAGAAGAAGAGCAGUGGGGACUACAGGUGUGGAUUUUGCUACCUGGAAGUGGAGAACAUCCUUGCUGGAGUCUACAACAUUAUCCCCACCACAUUCCUGCCUCAACAGGAGGGUCCUUUUUUCUUAGAUUUUAACAGCACUUCACCUCUUAGAGUAUCACAGCUUCAGUGAGGAGACAGACUGAUGCACGGCUGUUUAAGGACAUAGUUUUGAACUGCCCUACAGGCUCAGAAAGGUGAAUAACUCUUACUACAGAUGUACAUAAAAUAAAAUCACAUUCUAAGUUAUAGCCAAGAACACAGAGUCACCAAUUCGGCAGUUGAUCAUGACAGAAAAUUAGAUGUGGUUUUUGCUGCUAUUCUAUUGGAGUAAGGACUGCUUAUAGCAGGCUUGUGAACAGGCUAAAAUGUUAUAUUCUGAUGAACUGGAAGAACUUAAUUUGCUGCAAUUUUUCUACAAUUAAAAUCUGUUGAGUUCAGAGAAAAAACAACACUGAAAUUCUCUUCUCCCAAAGUACAGGGUCUAGGGGUUGAAGAUUUUAUUCCUAAAUGUAAAAAAUGUAAGAAAAAAUAUUCUUGUGUAUUCUCCUUAUUCAUUCUAACCCAAAUACGUAGUAAAUGCCCUUUAUACCGCUGCCUUGAAUGUUUUCAGCAUUGAAGGAGUUCUCACAUUUAAAUGUGAGUUCACUACUGCCGAGCACGUAUUCCAGACUGCCACUAUCAUGUUCAGCUUACCUCAAGUAUCUACAUAGGAGUAAAAGAUAAGGAAGACCCCAGCUUUAGCUACAUCUAAAAGAAAAGCAAGGGAUUCACCCACAUUACGUGUACUUUAAGAGCUGUUAUUUUGUAUUACUUUACAUGUUAUAGCACAGGGUACACGGCCUUUUUACUGCUAGCUGCCAGACCCAGCCUGAGGAUGAUUGGUGUUGAGAUGGGGAAGGUAACCAACAGCAGUGUGCAGUGAGCACGCCCUUCACUUGGCAUGAGAGGAAAGGUUUUCAUCCAAAGGUGUGCUGUGAGAUUCUGUGCACCUACUGAAGUAGCUUCAUUUGCUGGUGCUACUCCAGAACUACCCACUGUCAGCACUCUAGCAAGGAAACAUUUUAUCCUUGUUACUUCUACAGGUACUUGGCUCCUAGGAGAAGGAUCCAUUUAUACCUCCUCCCCUCCUAAACUACACCUCCUAGGCAGCAGCUUGCUGCUCCUAUUAUACAAGAUCUCUCUUCUGGAAGGUACCUCUUGCUUCUAAAUUGACACCGAUGAAAAAAUGUAGCAGUUGGCCAGUGACAGCAGUAGUAACAGGGUUAAAGUUCUUAAGAAAGCAGUGGAAUUGGGAUUACUCCAGGAAAAAAAAAAUUAGAAGGCUACUGCCUGCAUUAUUCCUAUAGUCUAUAAGAUGUAUGUACACACACACACAAUAUCCAAAGAGGAUUAAAGAUAACUGAGUUUUCCAUCUUAAUUCAAAUAUUAACUGAUCUUAAUGUUUGUUUUUUGUUUUUUUUUCCUUGAAUGACAGACAGAAUUACGUGUGACAGUUGGGGAAAAGGGUACUUUUAAAGCUGCCACAGGAAGCUCUUUCCCUUCCAGUUUCUCUGGCAAGUUUUCAAGCAAAAAGGUAGUGUUUAUUUUCAGAGCACAGGUGCUAUUUGUUCAUUAGGAAACAGAGCAUGUGCUACAGGAGAACUAGAAAUACCUGUGGGCUGAAAUUACUCCCCCAGAAAUCUAUUUCCCCUCUCCAGAAACUCUCAGCUCCUUUUUGCUUCAUCUCCAUCCUCAGGCAGCUGCUUAACAAAUUCUGGCUUUCAAAGGACAGUGAGUACACAUGCCUUUUUGGACUGCAGUUCUCUCAGAGACCAUCUGGGCCUUAUGCCAAGCUUGUCACAGUGUGACUUACUUUCUUUUGCAGGAAAGUGUCUGUCAGUGCAGCACAUCAACACAGGGAACGGCAUGGGCACAAGCUGAGCAAAACCUUGUUAGAUUCUUUGUGGCUAUCCUGGGCUUUGGGGUGCAAUCAGUUGUUCCCUGUAAACAAGCUCAGCUUCCAUACUGUACUGAAGCAGAAGCAAGAAACGUACUCACUUUCUCAAUGCUACACCAAGGCUGUAUCUACCAGACAGCAACACUUGUUACCCACAGUACAGGCAGUGGAUGGGGCUUACGCCUGUAAGCGGACAGGAUUUAAGUUCAGUAUUGCUGUCCUCUUAAUGUAAGCCUUAUUCAAAUACUGCACCUACAGGGUUAGUGGAAUAUCAUUGCUUACAGAAUGCUCAGGUGUAGCGUUUCAAAGGAAAUACAAAAUAUUCUUGUAAAAUUCAGUCUCUGCUAUUUCUGCUUGUAACAAAUUCCUUGUACAGUAUUUUCUUGCCCCUUUUUUCUUAGAGAAAUUGUCCACAUAAGUACUUGCAUUCUUGCGUCAAAUACUUACUUCUAUUUUUUUUUUCCACAAAUCUGGAGAGAUGAGUGGAAAGUGAACUGCUCCUUAAAUUACAGCACAGCCUCAGCUCAAGCCGUAAAUUAUGCUGUUCUUUCCCCUACCCCAUUACUAUGGCUACACCAUAGCAUUUUUGAUCUGUAAUGAUAGAAUAUUAGAUACUGAGUUAAGCUUGGAAAGCAAGACUUCUAGAAAGCAGCACAGGCUGUAGGGGGGGAAAAACUGAAAGAGAUGCGUAGCCCCAGCUUAGAUUGCCCACAUCACUUCCAGCUUGACAGCUGUGACCCUCAACUCUUGUCUGCCUUUUAAACUUCAAAAUACAGGACCUGACGAAAUUUACUAACAAGCAUACUUCACUCUAUAAGUGUGUCUACGUGACAACUGAAAACCGUCCAAGCUGCAAAACAAGGCAGCCGAAUACCAAUGAAAGCUGGGUGCUGUCAGGGGCUCUAAGAGGAUUUGUGCUUUCUUUGCUUCACUGAGGGAAGAUUACAACAAAGAGGUGAUUUUUAAUUCUCUGUCAUUGGUGCUGAGGGACAACUGGAGAGCCCUUUUCAGAAGUUUUAACGUUCUCCAUGCUUCUGCACUGAGAAAGCUUUUCUGUAUUUUGGUUUGGGGUUUUUCUUUUAAAUCCUACCUUAGUGCUCCAUGGAGGACCCCCUGUGCUGCUGUUGAUAGCUCAGGGUGAGGUACCCCCCCAACACAUGCAUCUCUGACCAUGCAAACUAUAAGGUGUUGGAACAACCAGCUGCUUAGAAUUACAUCUGUGUACAUAACCAUAGAGGUUUUCAUCACUUCGUCAAAAAAGGACAUAUUAAAUUGUGUGAUAAUGCCAAAGAGUAGUAGAAUUCCUACAUUAACUGUUGCUUUAUACAUUCUUGCUGCUCACAAAUACUUUGAUACGCCAGAGGCUUAUUUUUAUACCCAUGAAGGCAGCUACUAUCAUGUUACACAUCAGGAUACGUGAAGAUUCCAAUGGAAAAGUAACUGGAAAAAGCUUGUUGAUUUGCCUGUACUCCCCCAUGAUGUACGUUCCUUUAAGUUUGUCAUAUUUAUAAUUACAGCUUUUACAGAGUUUAAAAAUAAAAUGAGUUUUCCAUUAAU